AAUAGUUUCAGUACUGGCGCGCGAGAGGAUGGUUGCUUGUAAAUAGUUGUACUUAAUAUUUACCGCGUGAAUUCGAUCCUCGUUAUUAAGUAUUUAGCGGUUUGCUUUUUGAAUAAAUUUAUACUACAGAUCGGUAUAGCAUAAACGUUAUUCUGCCAUCGAUACCAGUGCGGUAAUUAACGAAAAAUUUGCAUAUUGCAAGCGGGUAGAAAGUUUAUAUCCUAAUUCGCAAUUCAGUCGUUUCGAUUGCAAGGAAACCAGUAGAACAAAAUGAAAUAGAAAAGAAUACUUCGAAGUGCGUUGGAAGUAUGUAUAAUUGGCGCUACGCCAUCUUCACGGAAUGAACUUGAGGCUACUUGGCGUCGACGUUGUUCAACGUUUCGGCUGAUUGUACGAAGUACAUAAAUAUUUUACUGAAAAACUAUUUUUAACUGACAUUAUUUACUCGAUCAACAUCAGAAAAUGAAUGAAUGUUGCGAAGAGAAGACUCUCAUCGAAAAUAACAACCACCUGCUGUCACAGCGAAACAAAGCCUUUUUUAAAUGGAAGAACGAAAAACCACAUAAAAACGCGGGCUACGUGCCGACGCUUCUGGAACACAUAGCCAACAUCGGGACUCACGGAAUUUUCAUAAUUCCAGCGAUCAACUGCUUACGCGAACUCAUCAAACGUUCGUCGAACGAGCAAAAAUUCAUAGCUGCUAUAGUCUACGGUGGUUCCCUAUUCCUCGUCGUCACGGUAUCUACUCUAUUCCAUUGCGCUCACUUCUGGUUUUGUCAGGGACUCGUAAAAAAUAUUCUCCAUCGAUGCGACCGAGCCUUCAUCUACAUCUUCAUACUGGGAACUUACUUCCCCUGGCUGUACGCCGAAGUUCUCGAGCCUUACGAAUUGUUCGAGAAAAUUCGCGCUGGACUCUGCGUCAUGGUGAUACUCGGAAUCCUUUACCAGCAGCUCUAUCAUCAGAAGUACAAAGCUCUGGAGACCGUUUUUUACUUGAUUACGGGAUUGAUGCCAAGCAUAGCGUUGUACGGUAGCGGCCUGUACACCGACGUUCCAGAGCUGAAAACCGGCGCGCUGAUGUACAUCGUGGGCCUUGUGUUCUUCAAAUCCGACGGCCUGAUCCCCUGCGCGCAUGCAAUCUGGCAUGCUUUCAGCGUGACCGGAGCCGCGAUACACUACUGGGCGGUUCUCGAGCACCUGUAUCCCGAGCCGAGCGAAUUCUUUUCGCAAAUUUAACGCACAGCGCUCCAGUCGAGCGCGAAUAUUGUUCAUUAAUAUUCACCCGACGUUCGAUAAAUAGAGACAAAAACAUCCACCGAAAUAA